AUGAUCUCGUCCAUAAUCACACAACCGCAGCCGGGCGAUACCCUCACGUCUGACACCAGUUUCAACGUGUCCGUGCAGACGACGCAUCUGGCCGCUGGCAACUUCGUCAACCCGACCACCAGCUACUACACAGCGCCACAGGACCUGGACAGCAACGGCGACAUCAUCGGUCACUGUCACGUCACAAUCCAGGACAUCGGGUCGUUGCAGGCUACUACACCGCCGGACCCCACUAAGUUCGCCUUCUUCAAGGGCAUAGACGAUGCUGGGAACGGGCGAGGCCUGCUCCAAGCCGUGGUACAGGGUGGGCUUCCGCCCGGCGUCUACCGUACUGCGAACAAAGCCGAAACCGCUGGUGACUUCCUCGAAUGGCUUGGAACCGCCGCCGCAGCCACGCUCAUCGUCUACUCCGACGGGUCGCAACUUCCAAACGGCGCCGUGGGAUUCGGCUUCGCAGUACACCGGGACAAGCAAUCGCUAGUCCAAGGAUCGGGCCGUUUGGGUCCAUCCGAAGUCUUCGACGCGGAGGCAACCGGCGCCAUAGAGGGCCUUCGGGCCGCUCUCCGCCUGGGUGACACAAGAAGCGCAGUCGUGGUCUGCACCGACAAUCUCGCUGUAGCCAGCUGUCUGCGAGGCAACCCCGCCGACUCGUCGCAGGACAAGUUCACAAAGUUCCAAGAACUGGCGACCUCGCACGGAAAUGUGCAGGUCCACUGGAUACCAGGACACACCAACAUACCGGGCAAUGAGGAGGCUGACGGCCUCGCCAAAGCGGGCUGUUUGCAGCCUGAACCACCAGAAGCCAUGCCAUCGCUGGCCCACCUGCGCCGACUUGCGAGGCAGCAAUCGAGAGACGCCUUCAAGGCUUGGUGGUCCACUGAAGCGCCAGGGCCAUACAAGACUCUGAACCUCGAGGCGACCACAAGCUGCCCUCCAGAGCUGGCGCUCCCAAGGGCAACGCUCCACAGCCUCCUUGCGGCGAGAUCUCGCCACGGAGACUUCGCCGACUACCACGAGCGAUUCAAUCAUGACGACGCACGUCUUGACUGCUCAUGCGGACGACGCAAAGCACCAGAGCACCCAUUCUACUGCAGGAAGGUACCGCCACGGCUCCGGAUGAGGCUGGCACCCUCACCGGCCGAAGCGAUACACCAUGCAGUAGGCAAGGGCUUCAAAGCCUUCGUCGAGAUGACGUCGGAAAGCUCCUUCUUUCAAAGGAUCUGUCCACGCCAUUAG